AUGGCCCAGGUAACGCUCUCGAGCUCAGACUACAAGAGCGGAGAUAAAGAUGAGACUACCAUGUCGCAAGAGCAUAUUGAGACCGUGAUGGAGACCGAACGCAGCUUGACAUUUCUUGCUGUAUGCUCACGAUACCCAAAGAUUGUUGGCUGGUCUUUCUUUUGGUGUAUGACCGCUGUUGCUUGGGGGUUUGAGAUGGCUGUGAACAACGCUAUCAUCGGUGUGCCUGCCUUCCGAUCCACGUAUGGGUAUAUACAUGACGGAGAGUAUGUCAUUCCCGCGGAAUGGCUUACUGCCUUUGGGGUUUGCAGCUACUGUGGCCUCUUCUUCGGUGGAUUUAUUUGCAGUGCCAUCGCCGAUAGAUACGGACGGAGGCUGAGCCUGGUCGCGGGCGUCGUCGUGGCCACGGGUGGGAUUUUUGGCGAAAUAUUCAGCACAACUCGUCCAACAUUCCUCGUCAGUAAGCUCAUUCUAGGGGUCGGGGUUGGGUUUUACCUGACUUUGGGACCCGUGGCAUGCUCGGAGCUCGCUCCUGUCGUCCUCAGAGGAUUAUCCACCAGCGGAAUUAACCUUGGGAUCGGGAUUGGGGGUCUCCUUUCUAAUUCGGUCACGAGGGGUUUCGGAACGCGAGUUGAUGAAUGGGCCUAUCGUGCGCCAUUCAUAUUCCAGCUCUUCUUCUCCGUUCUUCUUUUCCUAGGUGCAAUACUUUCACCCGAAUCACCUUGGUUUCAGGUCCGGAUUGGAAAGAUCGACAAAGCCCGUGAGACGUUGGUUUCAUUCUACAAUUCGCAGGAGGAAGCCAACCACCGACUGACCACCAUCAUCGCCACAAUUCAGGCCGAAUCUGAGUCGCGAGCGGAAGAAUUGAGUUAUAUCAAAGCCUUCAAGGGCACAGACCGCAUUCGCACAUUAAUUUCCAUGGGUGUUUUUGUGGUUCAACAAUUUGCCGGUGUGACGUUCGUCCUCAGCUACGCGACCUAUUUUUUUCAGCUUGCCGGUAUGGCCGCGGCAGAUGCGUUGAAUCUCGGUGUGGGCAUCAGUGCAUGUGGUGUCAUUGGUAAUAUCUCGGCAUGGUUCGUCGUCAAUCGCAUUGGCCGACGACCUCUUUUCGUGGGCGGAGUAGCUGGCUGUACAAUCCUGCUGUUCUUGGUGGGCAUUCUCGAUGUGGUCAAUACGCAGUCUGCCAAGUGGGCACAGGGCGCACUAUGCGUGAUUUAUGCGUUCGUCUACUUCCUCACGCUUGGGGCUAUCUCCUUUGUUCUCUUGGGUGAGGUGUCCUCUGUCGAACUACGGGCACGAACUACGGCUCUUGCAACCGCUACACAAGCAGUAAUGGGAGUUGUUUUCCAAGUUGCGAUUCCUUACAUGGUAAACCCGGAUGCCGCUAACCUAAAGGGAAAAGUGGGAUUCGUCUUUGGGGGAGCUUCGCUUCUCGCGACAAUUGUCUCAUUCUGGUACAUUCCUGAGUUGAAAGACCGUGCAUACUCCGAGAUCAACCAAAUGUUUGAAAGCCGUGUCCCACCUCGAAAGAUGGACUCCUACUGCUUACAAUAA